AUGCCUCCUCUUCCUCUCGACGAGCGCAUAGUGGUCAUCCAGCGGCCGAAAAACAUCACCUUGUGUGAGGCUUCCCCUCAAGCCAUCCCACAUCACUCGUCUCAGAUCUCCACCUCUUCCAACGCGCAAAUCACCCGUGCUCCCCGCCCUCACUUCUACUCACCCACCUGUAAACCUCUGACUUUGGAAUGCAAACGCAGACCCGCCCGCGGACAGAAAACCCCGGGCGAUCAUUCUCUUGCGCCGCCGCCGGGUUGCAGAAACGUCCCGAGCCACUGCCACAGCAAUGGAACUGUAACUCUCAGCCCGCGACUGCCGUCCCACACACAUAGUAUUGAUAUCAGAUUGACUCUGGACAAAGGCGGGAGAGCAGGAAUCAGCAACUCCCUUGGCCAUAGCGCAAGCGGCAAGGGUACACGGGUAAAAUGCGUCCCUUCACAUUCAGAUCCGAUUGAGAGAAGAACCGGCGGCGCUGAACGGUCAGGUGGAGGUGAACACAAAUCACUGCAAAGUCGACACAGUCAAGUGUCGUCAUCCGCCGUCCUGCAGUUUGUCCCUGCGCAGUCGCAGCAGUACAACCUCAGGGAUGUGAAAGAGAAAGAAAAGACACUUUUUCUCCAAAGACCUGACUCAGAAUUCCCCUUGCUGGAUCCCAAGAGUUCCAAGCUGGGUACCCUGCAUCAUAGUCUUCCCUACCAACACAACUCCGUCCCUGUUCCCCAUGCAGCCGUCCUAAACUCCAGCCAUCCCUCUUCCUCUCCCCAUCAACCCUUCCAGUCUCACCCAUCCCGCCACAGAGAUCACCGUCCUCAUAUUCUCCUUGGUCUACCCUUGUCCCCGGGCCCUUCCCACACAGGCGGCUUCCCGAGUCCCGACCACAGCUGCACCAUUGACUGCACCCACCCCUUCGGAUGCGGUUGCUGGCGGUUGGUACGAUGCAGAGGGGCUAAAGGACAUGCCUCCAGUUGCCAAGGAGGUGGCGGUAGCUCGUCCACCUCCUUUUCUGGCGUUCAUAAUGUCGGCGUGGUAAAGAAAGGAGGCAAAGAAAUGGGUCUGAGAAAUUUGGGAGGAUGUCUCUCCACCGCCUCCACCUCAAACACAUCCUCAACCAACAGCACUGUGUCUGAACACCGAUCAAGCCUGUUGAAACCUCUCCGCUGUGCCUCUUGCUCCAGUGAGGCCGCGAACUUUGAGAGCCCCGCUAUUCUUCGCAAGAAAAUGGUAGGGGGGUGCCUGCCUUGUACCCCGAUAUCCUCUUCUGCCCCUCUUCGGGCAAUACAAAGCUGUGUCACGGGUUGCAAUCCCAAAACCUCCCACACAGGUAGCUCCACCUGCAGCUAUUGUAGCAGCGACCCCAUCGUGGUAACGUUCAACCCUCGCAGAGGUAAACCUCCAGGGAGAAGCAUCGGAGCACCUCAUGCGGCGAAUACGUUCCAGGCCAAUGAUGACGACUACAGCGUACGAACGAUCUGGCCUGAAGAACUGGCGAGAAAGAUGACCCAUUCGACAGCCCAAGGGAAUCACUGUGCCGGAAUUGGAAUAGGAGUUGGAAAGACAACUUCCAGGCAGAUCCAAAACGAAAGAGCUGGCCUCGUCCGCCUGGACUGCGAAAACCUCCAGGAGUACGCUCACUCUCAUCUUACGGACCACGCUGGCCGGCGGCGACUACAGCAGGACAAGAUGGCCGCCCUGGACUUCAUGGCUCGCAGGUCGGGACAGGGAUAUGACGAACACGGGAGCUCCAUCAGGAGGCUUCUUAACAAAGCGGACGACGUGGGAAUGGCGGGCACUCUUGAGCACAAUCGAGACACACCGUAUCCUCGCUCCCCUUCACCGCGUUCCCCUUCUCCGCCAUCGCCCGUUUCCUUUUCGCCUCCACCGUCCGCUCCCAGCACACUCAUCAAACCCAAACCCUGGCAAAGAGACGGGGGACAUUCUCUACCAUCCGCCCAGUCCCUUCACUUGGCUCUCAACUCACUCAACAGAGAGCAAAAUGAGGAGAAAAGCAGAAUGCACCUUUCGCUGCCACUCUCCUCGUCGCUGCCUGCCUCCCUGUCUGACGAGUCUGCAAUGACUCCCGAUGCGGAGAACGCUGCGAUCAGCGCCAUCCUGCCCUUCUUGUUUCUUGGAAACGAAAGGGAUGCUCAAGACCUGGAUCUGCUCUUGCACCUCAACAUCGGCUAUGUGGUCAACGUGACGACGCACCUUCCCCUCUACCACCUCAAAUCAGGACUGCACUACAAAAGGCUGCCGGCCACAGACAACAGUAAACAAAACCUUCGACAAUACUUUGAGGAGGUUUUUGAAUUCAUUGAGGAAGCAUAUCAGAGUGGGCAAGGUGUGCUGGUGCACUGCCAGGCAGGUGUAUCCCGUUCGGCAACCAUCGUCAUCGCCUACCUAAUGAAACACACCCUCAUGACAAUGACGGACGCCUACAAAUACGUACGCAGCCGUCGUCCUGUGGUGUCGCCAAAUCUAAACUUCAUGGGGCAGCUUUUGGAGUUUGAGAGGGACCUCAACUCCGGGGUGACUCCUCGCAUCCUGAUGCCUAAACUUGAUGGUGUAGAGACCCAAGUAGGAAUAUCGUACGGAAUGAAAGGAGACACCCCAGUGAAUAGCACCAUGAGUGUGGGCCAAGCCAGGAAGCUGGUUGAGCAACUGAAGAUCGAGGCUAGUUUCUGCAGGAUAAAGGUGUCCAAAGCGGCCGCUGACCUGAUGGCGUACUGCGACGCCCACGCUUGCGACGACCCUCUGAUCACACCCGUGCCCACUUCGGAGAACCCUUUCAGGGAGAAGAAGUUCUUUUGCGCUCUGCUUUGAGCUCAAUCAGGGAUUGUUGAUACCUUUCCGAGAAAAGGCAAAGUACAAAUGAAGAGUAUGUUCAGCGUGCAUGUGUGCAACCACUAUACUUGCAUACGGUGCCCGUGUACAGCCCAAUACGAAAGCAACGAGAUUGAUUACGAGUCAGAGCCAUCCGCAGAUAUUGCCAGGUCAUAAGGAAAACAAACAUAACAUAAAACACUAACAGGCAUCUAUAUAAAAAAACAAAAACAUUUUUAAAUAUGCCAAUCUCACAUUGGAUUAAUAAUAACUCAGAGGAUACAUUCGAGUGGAACCAUUAUGAAUGUUUAUUAUGAGAUGAUAGGCCGACAUUACACUUUCAAUAAUGGCUGUAUUCUUUAAAGCCAUUGGUGAACUGGAAUCAUGUCCACCUAAGAUUUCGAUCAUACGUGUGUGUUUGUGUGCUGGUAUAGUGCAAAGGUAAACUAAAGUGUAUAUAGACACACCACUUCAUUAGCUACACCCACACAAAUUGAACCAUAGCCUUCAUUUAUCAUUCUAAACCAUCAUAUGCCUGAAUUUUGUUAUCAAAGCCAAUGUUUCCCUUGGUUUCUGAUUUUGUUCAUUUAUCUCAUUUAUUAUUGGGAUCACAAAUAAGCCGUUUGGAAUAUUUUUUCAUGUAGGCGUACCUAAUAAAAUGGAUCAUGAGGGUAAAUAUUUCUUCUACAGAGUGAUAAAAAGAAAAUAGUAUCAAAGUGACAAUAAAGGUGCUGCCCAUCAUCCCCAUCAAGAAAACAUCAACUGACUUUUUAGAGUUUUAUUUUGAAGGCAAGAAUCAUAAAUCUUGACUUUGGCUUGACUUUCUGCCAUCGUGAUUUUUGGAAUCCUCGCUGGAUUAUUUUCAACAUUUUGUAUGACGUCGACAGGAUAAUUAGGCAGGAAAAUCAUCACCAAAGAACAUUAAGCACUGAAAUAAAACCUGUGAUGAAACGGCAUUCUGUCAAUUGUCAUU